AGCUGUUGUAUUUGCAGCGGGAAAAGGCAGUCGUUUCCCGGAAAUUCUGGAAAAUCGUCCUAAAUGUUUACUUCCGAUUGGCCCGUAUCCUCUUAUCUGGUAUCCUCUCAGAAUGCUGCAGUGCCAUGGAUUUGUAGGCAUUCCGCAAGGAAGCCAUCUGGGCCCUCUGAUCUUCCUCGUCUACAUGAACGACGUGCAUCAUCUUUUUGGCUGUCACAAACUGUCGUAUGCGGAUGACAUCAAGCUGUUCACCGUUGUCGAGAAUGAUGCCGACUGCCAGUUUCUUCAGGAGCAGCUCGACCGGUUCGCCAACUGGUGCUCCGAAAACAGGAUGAUGUGAUAGUAAUCGUACUAGAAAAUGAAAAAAUGGAAAUCCAAUCAAAAUUGGAGAGAACAUCCCUGAAGCUUAGAAUUGAGUUUUGCACCGUCUUGGAUGAGUGUGAUGUAGGAACCGCAGAAGCCUUACGCCAAAUCGCUGAUAGAAUCAAAACCGAUGUUUUGUUGGUUUCAUGUGACAUAAUCACAGAUUUUAAUUUAUGCAACCUUUUAAAGCAAUUUCGACAACAGGAUGCAUCCGUGGUGAGCCUUUUAAUGCAUUGUACUCCGGCAUGUAAUGGUCCUGUUCCUGGUGUGCGCAUGAAGUAUAAAUUCGAGAAAGAUUUAUUUGCUGUUUGCUCUCAAUCAAAUCGCUUAGUUUUUAUGGGAUCUGAAAGUGAUUUCGAAAAUGGUUUCAAACUACUUGGUCAUCUUUUGCGGCAGCAUGAGAAAUUUGAUGUGUUGAGUGGUCUAAUGGACGCGCAUAUAUAUGUUGUGAAAAAAUGGAUUGUUGACAUCUUAAAAACGCAUUCAAUCAUAUCUAUCAAAGGCGAACUUUUGCCAUUUAUCGUCAAGAAGCAAAUGUGUGAACAAAAAUUUAACCUAACGCAUGAUGCAAAUUCAAAUCAAAACCAAAAUUGUGCAACGGAGCCUGCCAUAACUAAAUGUUUUAUUUCCUUGGCUCCAGAGACUUCGUUUGGUCUGAGAAUAAAUACACUUCAAUCGUUUUAUCAGGCCAACCAGCAGAUUUAUAAUGUGUUCGAAACAGUAACUAAUAUGCCUGUUAGUUGCCUUAUAACUAAAACAUGUGAUGUACGAUCAACGCAAAUGGCACAAACUACUGUUGGUGAGCAAUCGGUUAUUCAAGAGAAAACCAGCAUAAACAAAUCAACUAUUGGUGCAAGCUGCAAAAUCAAUUCAAAAGUUAGAUUGUCUGAUAGCAUAUUGAUGGACAAUGUUGUUAUAGAAAAAAAUGUAAUAAUAGAAAACUCUAUCAUCUGUGACAAAACUGUGGUCAAUUCUGGGUCUGUUCUUCGAAAUUGUCUCGUCGGAUUUAACUACAUAAUUCCAAUGGGUUCAAAAAAUGAAAGUUCGAACCUGACAAAUUUGAACAACUUUAUGCCGAUUUAAUAUAAGACAACCAGCAAAUAAAAAAGUUGCACAGA